AUCUCCAACAACAGCUUUCUUCUCCGGCCAUGGCUGUACUCGUCAGGGAAGAUGGGGUUUCAUUAUCAACUACAGACGCAGCGCCCAGUCACUUCAUGUUCAAGAUCCAAUCCGUGUCGUCACUUGCAAAACACCAAAUACAGAAAUACACUUCAGCUCAGUUCGAAGCCGGAGGCUACAAAUGGAAGUUGAUUUUCUACCCAAAUGGAAACAACCGGAAGGGUGUUACAGACCACAUAUCUAUGCACCUAGCCAUGGCGGAAACCAGUUGUUUUCAACCCGGGUGGGAAGUCCACGCCGUGUUCCGCCUCUUCUUGCUUCAUCAAAACAACGAUACCUAUUUGGUCAUCCGAGACGCGCAGGAAAAAGGGAGGCGGUUUCGUGAGACGAGGACGGAGUGGGGAUUCGACAGAAUCGUCCCGACCAAAAUGUUCCAUAACGGUUCAUACGGGUUUGUGGUGGACGAUGUAUGCGUGUUCGGCGCGGAGGUUUAUGUGCAUAAAGAAAUCAAAUUCCCAGAAGGGGAAACAAGAUUCCCCAGAGGAGAGUGUUUGUCAAUGUUUAAAGACCCCCACCUCGUUAAGUACUCAUGGACAAUUCCCAAAAUUUUUGGCACUCUCAGCAAGCCUGAUGACUACCACGAGUCCCCCACUUUCCAACAAUGGAAAAUGCGGAUAUAUCCUAAUGGAAAGGAGUCAAAGGACGAGAAUGGCACCCACUUAUCCUUAUCCUUACAUAUGGUUUUGGGUGAUAAACCCAUGAACCCAACUUCUCGCAUAUAUGCAAAGUUCACACUACAUUUGGUUGAUCGCCAUCACCGCAAAAAUUGGAUCGUUGAAGGAAGUCGGUGGUUCGAGCCCUCAAGCCCCAAAAGUAGUUUUUAUGAAUGGCCGAAGGUGAUAAGUAAGGAGUAUUUCAAGACGCAUACGGCAGGCUUUUGGUCGGAGUCCAAAGACGAAUGCACCAUAGAAGCUGAAGUGAGAGUGCAUGGGGUGACUGCACCUCUUCUAUCUUGACCAUAUAAACUAACUUCCAAAUGAAGAUUAUAUUACAAUCUAAUUAAUAUUAUCUAAAAUAAUUGUGAUUGAAUCCAAGUAUAUAUCUUAUAUUUUAUAUGUCAUGCUAUAUUUCAAGUAAUAGUUGAACUCUAGAAAAACAGAGAAGUACAGAGAGUAUUUUAUGAUUGUGAUUUGAUAAAUUUGUGAACUUUGAGUUAGUUGUGUUUUAGUAUUUUAGUCAUUUUUUUUUUUAAAUUUUU